AUGUUGACUAAUUCAUUGCUCGCACCUAUUAAUAUAAGUCUCGUCUUCACAUCGAUUAUCCUUCUGCAAGGUCACUCUCUUCGUGUCGCUAGAACAAAAAUUAAAAAUGAUAUGCCAGAAACGUUUCUGGUUGGAUCAUGUUAUUGGCCAUUCGUUUCAUAUAUUAACUUUCGCUUUAUACCAUUGGAUUAUCGACCGAUGAUUGGAAGUGUAGCUGGAGCUAUAUGGAAUAUUUAUAUGUCGUCAGCUGCUAAUAAUCCAAAGUUAAAUCCAGAUGGCACUGUGCAAUCCUCAGCAGGAACAGGAACAACUUUACUGGCUGAAACAGGUGGAACGGCAGUGCCAGCAUUACAAGAAGCUUGGAAAACAUUAAAUGAGAAUAAAAAAGAUCUGUAG